UCGAGCUCCCCCGUGCGCCCUGCCCCGGGAGGCGGCGGCGGCGGCGGCUCCCCGCACCCGGAGCUGUCCCUACCCGCGGCUCCCGGCAGCAACCCGCGCCGGCCAUGCCGGGGCCGCGCCGGGACCGCCCGGCCGUCCUGCUGCUGCUCGGAGCGCUGCUGGUCGCCGACCUCUACUUCCACCUCUGGCCGCGGGCGCGGCGGGAGCUGGCGGCGGGAGCCCCGGGCUGUCCCUGCCGCCGCCGCCCCGCGCCCGCCGCCCCGCCGCCCCGCGCCCGCGCAGCCUCCGCGCUGCGGCGCCUCUUCGCCCACCCGCUGUACCGCGCCGCCGCCCCGCGGGACCCCGCCGAGCCGCUGCUGGGCGCCCGCGAAGCCCUGCGCUACUACCGGCGGAAGGCGGCUCGCUGGAACAGACGACACAAGCUUUACAGGGAGGAACUCAACCUCACCUCCCCGGCGGUGCCGCUGCCGCUGCGGCCGGAGGCCAGCUGGCUCCAGUUCCACCUGGGCAUCAGCCGGGACGGGCUCUACCCGCGCUCCAGCCCCACCGUCAACAGGCUCCUCCGGGACAUGCAAGACUUCACCACCAUCAGUGCCGACUACAGCCAGGACGAGAAAGCGCUGCUGGGGGCCUGCGACUGCAGCCAGAUUGUGAAGCCCAGUGGCGUGCACCUGAAGCUGGUCCUCCGGUUCCAGGAUUUUGGGAAAGCCAUGUUCAAGCCCAUGAGGCAGAAGCGCGAGGAAGAGACUCCCGAGGACUUUUUCUACUUCGUUGACUUCCAGCGGCACAACGCGGAGAUCGCCGCCUUCCACCUGGACAGGAUCCUGGAUUUCCGGAGGGUGCCGCCCACAGUUGGGAGGUUGAUCAACGUCACCAAGGAGAUCCUGGAGGUCACUAAGAACGAGAUCCUGCAGAGCGUCUUUUUUGUCUCGCCAGCCAGCAACGUUUGCUUCUUUGCCAAGUGCCCGUACAUGUGCAAGACGGAGUACGCGGUGUGUGGGAACCCUCACCUCCUGGAAGGGUCCCUCUCCGCCUUCCUGCCAUCCCUCAACCUGGCACCACGACUCUCCAUCCCAAACCCAUGGAUCCGGUCCUACUCAUUUGAUGGAAAAGAGGAGUGGGAAGUGAAUCCGCUCUACUGUGACACGGUGCGGGAGAUCUACCCCUACAGCAACGGCAACCGGCUGCUUAACAUCGUUGACAUGGCCGUAUUUGACUUCUUAAUAGGGAACAUGGACCGUCACCACUAUGAAAUGUUCACCAAGUUUGGGGACGACGGCUUCCUCUUACAUCUGGACAACGCCAGAGGGUUUGGGCGGCAUUCCCACGAUGAAACUUCCAUCCUGGCCCCGCUCUCCCAGUGUUGCAUAAUAAAGAGGACAACGUUAUUACGACUCCAGCUCUUGGCUGAGCCCGAAUAUCGGCUCAGCGACGUGAUGAGGGAAUCCCUCCUGCAGGACCGCCUGGCACCUGUCCUCACCGAGCCCCAUCUCCUGGCUUUAGACAGACGGUUACAGCUUAUCCUGAAGGCAGUGAGGAAAUGCAUAGACACGUAUGGAGAAGCCAAGGUGGUGGCCAACGACACCACGCAGCCCGAGGCUCCUGCAUCUGACAGAGUCAAGCUGACCACUUAAACUGUCCUUAACUUGUUCUCAGAGGUGGGGAAAACCCCUGCAAGGCGAGUGUUUUAAUAGCUGGUAAUUUCCAUCUACAAGCGCUUGCGGAGGCUGAGAGGGGAAACUCUUCAGAAGAUCUUCAGGAAUCACACUGGGCUCCUGUGCCGGGUACUCAACCAAAGCUUCUGUGCUUGGCCAGUGUGUUGGUAAGUUGUGGUCUGACUGCAGCAGACCUUUACAUCCCAAAUACCAGCUCUGGUGGAGACGCAGUGAUCUCCUGCUCUGUAGCUGGGCAUGCCCUUGGGAGGGCAGGGGAACUCACGGCCCUUGGUUUGCUCGACCUGCACGGGAUCUCGGUCUUACUUGUGAAGGACACGAACUAGAUCCAAGGAUGAGGCUUGAAUAAAGAGAUGCCAAGAGCAUUUUCCUCUCAUUAAGUCUCUGUUCUGUAAUCAAGACUGUGUGUUUGAGAAAAGAGCAGUCUCCCUUCACAAGGGCAGUACCUGCCACUGAGACAAGGCAGCGCGUUGAUUCGGCACGGUCAGACUGAAGAGCAUCUGCGUAAUAUUCACCAUCAGGCCCGUCUGUCGCCUCUUGGUCUCUUCAACAGCAAUCAACCCACUCCGCUUCGAUCCCUGCACGUUGCUCAAAAGCCCACUGCCUCAUAGGGCAGUAAAAUCACUUCUACUUUUACCUGCCUCAUGGGUGGAAGAACCAGUUUUGGUUAAAAGGCAGGUAGGUAUGUGUUGCCUUUGAUCCCAAGGGGAAAAAACCCCAUACCAACAAAACAAGACAAGCUGCUCAGGGGCACAGGACUGUAUUUACAAUUCAAGAAGCCACCCACUUCUGGUGAAAACAUUUUGCCAAAGUGGGGGAUCUAUCUCAGGUCAUCUUCUCACUUCUCGUAUCUUUAAAAAUCACUUGUCAGGAGUCCCUGGACAACAGAAAUGGUACACACACACCCCCCAUCUCUGUGCAUUUUGAGGAGAUGCAAUAGGAACUGGAGACCAAAAAAGCAUGGGGAGGGAGUUAUUGUAGAUCUUUUGAUUUAUAGUUUUCCCAUUGCCUCCUAACAACAAGGCUUAAGAAUAACUUGAUUGCUGAAGCUCUGUUUAAUAACUUUUUCCUUUAACUGUUCAAGAACAAUAACACUGAGGUUUUUGGCAGUGUAGGGAAAGUAGUUGAGAACUUUGUUGAUAAUUUAUCAUCCUUAAGAGAAAAAAAAAAUACAAAACACCACAAGCAAUCUACUAGAAGCUCAUUCUAAACCUUUAAGUUAAACAAAAACCAUCCACAGCACUGCAGACCUUUCAGAGACUCCUAAGACCACAGCACAAACGUUGUCAGGCAGCAGUUGUUAACAGGUUCUUGGCGAGCUGCUGCACCUACCGCCGGCUCAUUUUCUUGUGGGCUGGAAUUUUGCCCAACCUGAAGGGAACUCGGUGACACUGGCAACGUGUGCCCGGAUCAUACAAGGAAGGAACAAAACUUAUUUGGACACAGCUAUGAGGUUUUUUUACAGGGGACUGUGUUGACAUUUAAUUCAACUCCACGAUAAUUCCACAAUACACCUGUCUCCACACUGUAAAACUACAGAAGAGACUGUAGUUGUAAUUUGAGUAUGGCCCACAGGUGCCUAUUCUAUUUAUUUCUAUGAGAAAGUCUGGAGUGUUUCUACUUAGCAAAGAGAUUCCUCCAGCAUCUGCAGCCACAGAGGUUAGCAAAAAAUCCCCACACAAACCCAACCGACCAAAAAGAAUGACCCGCACCAUGCUCGUUUAAUCUCUCUCUUGUGAUUCAGGCAUGUCCUUCCAUUUCCAGCUUUCACAAAAACAAGCUUUUAGACAGUCUCAAUCAAACCAACAGAAUUCUCGACAUUGGUGGACUUAGAGACAUUUUUACUCUUGUGGACAGAGAACAGAUGAAAAUAAAAGGAUUUAACUCACUCUGGGCAUGCACAGUGCGGUGGUUAUUUCUGUACAGGAUGCUGUAUUCCCAAAGUUGUAUCUCCCUCUACCGGUGACUUUUUGUGCACUUACCACACGUGACAAGCGCAAAAUCAAUUUCGUCGGUAUCAUGGAAUGGUUACUGUUGGCUGCUUGAACAGGAAGAACAUGGCAACAGAAGAUAAGCUUAAAAGUAAAUUUGUAAGGUUGGAAGUGGAAAUUUUUAGGUUUCAUUUUAGGUAAUAAAAAAAGUUUUCAGC